AUGAAGGACCAAGUGUUGGGCUCCCCAAAGCUGCUUCCCUCUUCAGCGGAGGAGGAAGCAGCACAGGCUCCCCCAGGCCCUCCCGAGAGUUCAAGGUCUGGAGGAAACACCCAGCUUUGGAGAGCACAGAAAAUAAAACAGGCCAUCAUCCACCCGGACACCAACGAGACCAUUUUCAUGCCUUUCCGAAUGUCAGGUUACAUUCCUUUUGGCACGCCUAUUGUGGUGGGUCUUCUACUGCCAAACCAGACCCUGGCCUCCACCAUCUUCUGGCAGUGGCUGAACCAGAGCCACAACGCCUGCGUCAACUAUGCAAACCGGAACGCAACCAAGCCGUCACCGACCUCCAAGUUCAUCCAGGGCUACCUGGGGGCCGUGGUCAGUGCCGUCUCCAUCGCAGUGAGUGGCCCUUUAAGCCUUCUUUUCCCCCCCCUCUUCGGUGGUUGGGGGAGUGAGAAGCAGCAAGAACCCCCCGCCCACAGCCUGUGGAGUGAGGGUCCCCACAGGGCUGGAAUGGGAGGGGCGUGA